CCGCCCGGGCUCUGACCUUCCUCCUUCCCCAGCCCCGGAGAGAUCCCGGAGAGACGCGGUGGCGGCGGCAGCGCCACCUCCUCCUCCUCCCCCGGGAAGUCGUCCGGGCUUGAGGCCGGGCCCCAGACGCCCCGCUUCGCCCCGCGGCGCCACCGAUGGUGCCCGGCGCUCCUGCCCCCAGUGCAUGAGCUGCAGAGCCUGCUAGCCACAGUGUCACACCUGCUCAUCUCCCCACGGCCACACCAUGUCGGGUUCCUACGAUGAGGCCUCUCUGGCUCCGGAGGAGACCACUGAUAGCUUCUGGGAGGUGGGGAACUACAAGCGGACCGUGAAGCGCAUCGACGACGGCCACCGUCUGUGCAACGACCUGAUGAACUGCGUGCAGGAGCGCGCCAAGAUCGAGAAGGCAUACGCGCAGCAGCUCACCGACUGGGCCAAACGCUGGCGCCAGCUCAUCGAGAAAGGCCCACAGUAUGGCAGCCUGGAGCGGGCCUGGGGUGCCAUAAUGACAGAGGCGGACAAGGUGAGCGAACUGCACCAGGAGGUGAAGAACAACCUGCUGAACGAGGACCUGGAGAAGGUCAAGAACUGGCAGAAGGACGCCUAUCACAAGCAGAUCAUGGGCGGCUUCAAGGAGACCAAGGAGGCUGAAGAUGGCUUCCGCAAGGCCCAGAAGCCCUGGGCCAAGAAGAUAAAGGAGCUGGAGGCAGCCAAGAAGGCUUACCAUUUGGCCUGCAAAGAGGAGAAGCUGGCCAUGACCCGGGAGAUGAACAGCAAGACAGAGCAGUCGGUCACACCUGAGCAGCAAAAGAAGCUGCAGGACAAAGUGGACAAGUGCAAGCAGGACGUGCAGAAGACUCAGGAGAAGUACGAGAAGGUGCUGGAAGAUGUGGGCAAGACCACGCCCCAGUACAUGGAGGGCAUGGAGCAGGUAUUUGAACAGUGCCAGCAAUUUGAGGAAAAGCGACUUGUCUUCCUCAAGGAGGUGCUGCUGGACAUCAAACGGCACCUCAACCUGGCUGAGAACAGCAGCUACAUCCAUGUGUACCGUGAACUGGAGCAGGCCAUCCGGGGAGCUGAUGCCCAGGAGGACCUCAGAUGGUUCCGCAGCACCAGCGGCCCUGGCAUGCCCAUGAACUGGCCCCAGUUUGAGGAGUGGAACCCAGACCUUCCCCACACCACUGCCAAGAAGGAGAAGCAGCCCAAGAAGGCAGACGGAGUGGCACUGAGCAAUGCCACGGGGGCAGUGGAGUCCACCUCCCAGGCUGGGGACCGUGGCAGCGUUAGCAGCUACGACAGAGGGCAGCCCUACGCCGCCGAGUGGUCGGACGACGAGAGCGGGAACCCCUUCGGGGGCAAUGAGGCCAACGGAGGCGCCAACCCCUUCGAGGAUGACACCAAGGGAGUCCGCGUGCGGGCGCUCUACGACUACGACGGCCAGGAGCAGGACGAACUCAGCUUCAAGGCGGGAGACGAGCUCACCAAACUGGGCGAGGAGGAUGAACAGGGCUGGUGCCGCGGGCGUCUGGACAGUGGGCAGCUGGGCCUCUAUCCCGCCAACUACGUGGAGGCCAUCUAGCUGCCCUGCUGGCUCCUCUCCCCUUCACUCCGCACCCACCGCCUCCCCUUCCUUCCCACUCUCGUCUCCUCCCUCUCGCCAUAGAGUUCCAGACAUAUUUUCCGAUCAAGCUUUUAUUUUUUUAAAAGUCUAAACAGAACAAAA